UGCCAGGUCACAGUGCCACAUCAGACAUAGUGCCACGACAGCAGUGCCACGUCAGCAGUGAUGUCAGACACAGUGCCACGUCAGCAGUACCACGUCAGACACAGUGCCAUGUCAGCAGCUCCACAUCAGCAGUGCCACGUCAGCAACAUGACGGGCCUGCCAGGCCAACUGGCCAAUGAGUCUAUCUCCGACUACAAAAAGUGCUUCCAGGCUCAGCUCGUUGCAAUCGAGGCUGAGGAACAACGCCAGCUGGCAGCCAAGGCUGCCCAGCUACAAGCUGACGAAGCGGCGGCAGAAGAGAAGCUGCGGCUACAGGCCGAAGCAGACGCAGAUGCCCAGGCUCGCCGCAAGGAAGCCCAGGAUCUGCUGCAGCGGCAUGAAGCCACAAGCAUCGACAGACUCAAGUUCUGGCACUUUGAACCAAACGGCGAUGAGGCAACACCGGAAGAGAAGCAUAAGGAGUUCAUGGCCAAGCUCGUGACCAGGCUGGUUUACACUUAUGCUGGAGCUUCCAGCAGUGCAUCCUCUAGCCGCCAACUGGAGGAACGCGUUGACCACGUAGUGGCAAUGCUAGGAGACAUAAGUGCCUUCACAGAGCCGGCCACCAUCAGCCAGCGGUUCGAGUUGCUGGACACUAAGAUUAGUCAGCAACAGCAGACUGACCACAGCCACAACAACAGCUCGGCGAGGSCAUAYAAGAUGCCGACGUUCCGGAUCRAGAAAUUUGAUGACUACACACAUCAAGACCCGGUCGUCUGGUGGCAAGGAUUUACAACGGAGUUGGGGAUUCAUGAAGUCCCUGACCAUCUGUUCAUCAGUGCUCUGUUCAUCAACACCAAGGGAGGUUGUCAGAUCUGGCUCAGCCACAUGGCAACCAUCCACGGCGUCCAGGUUUCAGACCUGUACAAGAAGGUCUCCUGGGAAGACAUGACAAAGGAAUGGAAGAAGCGGUUCAUCGUCGACGAUGCCCCGACACUCGCCAUCAACCACAUCUUCACGAUGGCUCAAGGGAGCACACCGACACGUGAUUGGCUCACGGAUUGGCAGAAGAUCGUGGCAACGCCCGAUUUGGACUUGCCAUUCCCGCAUCUGCGGCGUGAGUUCUACAACAGGUCAUGCGCCGCUCUCAGCCUCACACUUGGUGAUCGCGAGCAGUACAACACUUUCGCGGAGAUAAUCAACAAGGCGAGAGAGCCCAUCAAGACUAACAGGGCGGCUGCGCACGAGGAGUCCACGUGGCAGCCAACCUAUGUGGAGAAGGCACGAACUAGUCCGCGACAGCAGCACUUCGCUGCAGUCCAGUCGGACAGUGGAGAUAACCCAACAGCCACUCCAGCAUCAAGUGACGGAGAUCAGGUGGCUGYUGUCCAGCCGYGAAGCAACAACAAGUCCCGCAACAAUGGGAAGGCGAAAUCCGCAUCGCAGGCCGRAAAUGGACAGCCAGUACAAGUUCCAUGGGUCAAGUUCGGCUUGACCGAGGCGGAGUACAAGGUCCGCGGCCGCUACGGCAGCUGCUAUUGGUGCAACAGCACCAAGCACAAGACCUCCCUGUGCCAGGAUCAGGGCAAGGAGGAUCUGCGACCCCGCCUCAGCUCGGGAACUGAGCUCCGCGGAAGGCUUGAAGAACUUGACCAAUUGACGUUCACGGACUUCCAGUGGAUGUCCGUUCCCUCGACCGGACAAUUGCCGAAACCGCAUUGCAACGUGCUUAUGGCACAAUUGCGGGACUACUUGCACACUGCAGUACCAGCUCUGUUGAUGGACGCCGGAGUAGAGGUUGUCGACCUUCACGCUUACAUCGCGAAGAUCGACCUCGAGUUCAAGACGCAACAGUACGACGACAUCGACACACCAUUGCUAUACGUACGCAUUCAGAUCGGAGAGGCGACCUGCAAUGCCUUGAUCGAUUGCGGAGCAUCUCGCAACUACAUCAGCCAGGACUUCAUGGUACGCGCCGGCCUUGGCCCACGUGUCCGGAGGAAGUCCCAGCCUACGCAAGUCACGUUGGCAGACGGUCAUACGCACAAGUCAAUCGACCGGUGCAUUGAUGCGGUCCCCGUGUACUUUGCCCCUCACGCAAGUGAGGCGGUAUCCUUUGAUAUUCUGGACACCAAAUUUGACAUGAUCUUGGGCAUGUCAUGGCUGCGAAGCGAGGAUCACCCGGUGAACUUCUUCAAACGCACCGUUCACAUUCGCCCGCAUGUAGUACCGGAUCGACCCAUCCGACACGAGAUCAUCCUCGAGGACGGGGCCGUACCUCCGCGCGGUUGCAUCUACCGAAUGAGCGAGGAAGAGUUAAGUGUGCUUCGGGCACAACUCGACGACCUUCUGGAGAAAGGCUGGAUUCGGCCUAGCUCAUCGCCAUACGGUGCUCCUGUUCUCUUCGUCCGGAAGAAGAACAAGGACCUGCGGUUGUGCAUCGACUAUCGCAAGCUCAACGCGCAGACGAUCAGGAACGUCGGCCCUCUCCCACGCAUCGAUGACCUUCUCGAGCGAUUGGGCGGCGCCCAGUUCUUCUGUAAGCUGGAUCUCAAGUCAGGGUAUCACCAACUCGAGAUUCGCAAGGAGGAUCGCUACAAGGCCGCGUUCAAGACACGGUACGGGCAUUUCGAAUGGCUGGUCAUGCCGUUUGGCCUUACGAAUGCCCCAGCCACUUUCCAAGCGGCUAUGACAACGGAGUUCCAACACAUGAUGGAUCGGUUUGUACUCAUCUACCUCGACGACAUCUUGGUGUAUAGUCGGAGUUUAGACGAGCAUGUGGAACACCUGCGCAUCGUUUUGGAGCGGCUACGACAGGCGAAGUACAAAGCAAACCGCGACAAAUGCGAGUUCGCACAGCAGGAGCUGGAGUACUUGGGCCACUAUGUGACGCCGAAAGGCAUCCGUCCGCUCGCGGACAAGAUCAAGGCCCUACGAGUGUGGCCCGAGCCCACCAACACCACGGAUGUUCGUUCAUUCAUGGGGUUGGCGGGCUACUAUCAGCGAUUCAUCACCGGAUAUUCCAGGAUUGUUGCACCUAUGACGAGGUUACAGUCGCCAAAGGUGCCAUUUGUAUUCGAUGACGACGCACGCCAGUCAUUCCAAACACUUAAGACGGCUAUGCUCAUGGCACCCGUCCUUAGCAUCUAUGACCCCACCCUGCCGACGCGAGUGACUACGGAGGCUUCCGRCUAUGGCAUUGGGGCAGUCUUGGAACAGCACGACGGCGACGACUGGCACCSUGUGGAGUAUUUCAGCCACAAAGUGCCUCCCAUCAACUCGCUUGAUGAUGCAAGGAAGAACGAGCUGCUCGCAUUCGUGAUGGCUCUCAAGCGCUGGCGGCACUUCCUUCUUGGGCGUCGUAGGCUCACAUGGGUCACAGACAACAAUCCAUUGACCUACUACAAGACGCAGGACACGGUGAGCAGCACGAUCGGACGAUGGAUAUACUUCAUCGACCAAUUUGACUUCACACCGAAACAUGUCCCAGACCUCUCCAAUCGCGCAGCAGAUGCACUAUCGCGAAGACCGGAUCCUUCGUAUUCGACGAGGACCUUCAGCGACACUUCAUCCGGGCAUAUCAGUCUGAUCCGGACUUCGACACACUCUAUGCACAGCUAUCUUCGGAUCACCCGCCGGCCAGCCAUUACCGCAUUGCCGACGGGUACUUGCUCCUCCACUCGAGAGGCAAGGACUUACUAUGUGUCCCACGCGACCGUCGUCUUCGGACUCGCCUCCUCGGCGAGUAUCAUGAUUCACGACUCGCCGGCCAUUUCGGAGUCAACCGCACUAUUGCACGGCUUCGACAGCGAUUCCGAUGGCCUGACCUCAUUACCGAUGUCACUCGGUAUUGCGACUCUUGCGAAGUUUGUCGACGCAGCAAGCCCCGCAAUCGCAAUCCCUACGGCGAGUUACACCCGAUGCCUAUCCCACGGGAACCCGGUCUCUCCAUUGCCAUGGACGUCACCGGUCUGUUUCCUCAUGACCGGCUCGGGCACGACGGUAUCCUCACGGUUGUGGACCGAUUGAGAGUCCGGCACAACAAUGAAACCAAGUUCGGCUC